AUGAUUCAUCUGUGGAAAGUAGUGAGGCAUGUGCGACAGCUGGAGCUCCACAGAUUGAUCCUGCUGCUCAUUGCUUUCAGCCUGAUUUCCAUGUGCUUCCUGGCUUACUACGUUACCAACAGCCCCAAAAUAAAGGAACCGCCUCCGUUGCCCUUCAGCGAUUGUAGCAACCAGCACAGGGUUCUUAUUCAACCCCAGGCAAGCUGGAGGCUUAUGAAAUCAGUGGAUAACUCACGCACAGACCCUGUGGUGCUCGUCUUUGUGGAAAGCAUCUAUUCCCAACUGGGUCAGGAGAUUGUGGCUAUCUUGGAAUCUAGCCGGUUUAAAUACAGGACAGAGAUUGCCCCUGGAAAGGGAGACAUGCCCACUCUGACAGACAAAGACCAUGGCCGCUAUGCUCUUAUUAUCUAUGAGAAUAUCCUUAAAUAUGUGAACCUGGAUACCUGGAACAGGGACCUCUUGGACAAAUACUGUGUGGAAUAUGGAGUGGGGAUCAUUGGCUUCUUCAAAGCAAAUGAGAACAGCUUGCUCAGUGCUCAGCUCAAGGGCUUUCCCCUUUUCCUACAUUCCAAUCUAGGGUUGCGAGACUAUCACAUCAAUCCCAGUGCCCCGCUCCUGUACGUAACUCAGGCUAAUGAAGUGGAGCAAGGCCCCCUGCCUGGUGAUGACUGGACAGUGUUCCAGUCAAAUCACACCACCUACGAACCUGUGUUGAUGGCCAGCACCAAAUCUUCAGAGUCAAUCCCGCAUCUGACCACCCACAGAGCUCUGCAUGCUACCGUGGUACAGGACCUUGGUCUGCAUGACGGCAUCCAGCGGGUCCUUUUUGGUAAUAACCUCAACUUCUGGCUUCACAAGCUGAUCUUUGUUGACGCUAUUGCUUACCUGACUGGCAAGCGUCUAUGUCUGACCCUUGAUCGCUACAUCCUUGUGGACAUCGAUGAUAUCUUUGUGGGCAAAGAGGGCACACGCAUGAAGGUGUCGGAUGUAGAGGUAAAGUUGGGCAUUUUCUGCAUUUUCAUGCCGAUGGCAGCCAGCAGUCUGGAUUAGGGGCAGGGAAACACAUACUGUCCUGAAAUAUAAAUAGGGGUUAAGAUCUACUAGCCGUUACAGUGUGGAAAAAGGCCAAGCAACUUCCUUUUGUGGUAACCAUCGUGGCUUGAGCUCCACAUUUGGUUGGGUCCUAAGAGAUGGCAAGAAUGUAAACCUUGUUUUUUUCUGCGCUCUCUCUCUCUCUCUCUCUCUCUCACACACACACACACACACACCAAAGACUUAAGCCACUGCUUCAAGCCUGGGCUUCAGACCUUCUGAAAUCUAUAGCAGACUUGCUAGGGGCUAAGUUUCAUUGAACCCAGUAGGACUUAAUUCCAUGUACAGAACUGGGCUAUGAGAAGCUCUUCUAUUUAUCAGUAUGAUGGGUGGUGACAGAAACGGAGGCUCAGUUUGAGCCUCUUCCAGCAUAAUAUGAGGGCUGAUGCCAGAGAAGCUGCACCACAUGGCUUCUGCUUUAUAUCUGCUUGCACAACAACUCUCAACUUGAGGGUCCUGUAAAACAGUUACUGCCAGCUCUCUUCAGUAUAGUUGGUGGAAUGGUAUGGAAGUGUCCGGUUUGCAGGUGUGAGUGUAGUUGUACUGACAACUUUCCUUGAAAAAGCAUUUAUAAAGUAUUAGGAAUCCUGGUCUGCAGCUUUUGUGUUCCCCUUUGUCUCAAUUGGCCCUGAUGACCUUACGCUAGGACCUCUUCUUCAUGAUGUCAUUUUUCCAAAACAGAGACUGUGGCCUGGUUUGCACAUCACAUUAAGCUGUAGUUAAAAACAAACUAUGGUUUUAUGUAAGUGUGAAGCAUUCUGCAGAGAAGUUCUUGCUGUGCUCCUCUCCCACUCCUGCUGCCAUGCCAUUGCAGGGGGGGGGGGGGACAAGCUAAAGUCUGGCAUAUUGUGAUCAUCAGCAAGCAGUAACAAGGGUUUGUGCUUUGUUUACCACUCAUGAUUUGCUCAGGGGUAACAAACAGCCAACCCAGAUUCACAUGACACACCAAACUCUGGCUUGCUUCCCAGCAGCAGAGUAGGUGAGUAGUAGAGUGAGAAUUUUGAGCAGCGUUCAGUAGCAGACUGUGUGUUCAUAUUAAAUCAUUGCUUGUGAUUAACUAUGGUUUAAUUUGAUAUGCAACAAGGCCAACCCCAUAUACAAGGGCAACACAUAUUUGAUUGCCAGAUCUCAGACAUAUACAUGCACUCCCUUGAGCAUUUAGAAGAUUUGGGUGAGGGCAGGGGUCAGUUUCUGUUCACCCCAGGUGCUAGGGAAGGUGGAAGCAGUGAGAAGACUUAACAUAGCUUCUGCCAAAGGGAUUGGUGGAGACUACAGAUAAUGGCUGGAUAUUAACCUAAUCUAAAUCUCUGUAUAGGGAAAAAUGAUUGUGUGAAGCAGGCCUAAGAGGAACACUGUAAGAAAGGCAGAAAUUCAUAAUAACUUGUCCCUUUGUGAGAAUGGUCAGGGCAUGGCUCUAUAACCAUACUUCAGACUCUGAAAAUCCUAUCUAUAAUCCUGUGUUUAUCAGUAGAACUUAAACCCAAAUCACCAGGGCAAUCCUUCCCAAAGCCGAGAAAGCAACACCCCUGUUUAUUUCUGGAAAUUGCUCACCCUCCUUGCAUUACUCAUUUUAUUUAUUUUGUGCUGUAUUUAUAUGGCUUCCAUUCUGCAAACUAGCUGAGAUUGGAUUCCCAGCCAGUGACCAGACCCACAGAUGGAAUUAUAUCAGACAUCUUUGGCACUCUAUUUGCCCCAGAAGGAAGAUAGAAGGUUUCUCAAGUGACUGCAAAAAACAAACAAACGCAACCUCAGACCAGAUCAUUCUAAAAUAUAUUUUGUUUGGAGGUUUAGUAGAGUGAAAUGGAGCAAUAAUCUGAGAUCAGUGAAACAGAAUUUCAGGCAAAGCAGAUAAAGCUCAGAUUUAUCCAUUUAAAAGAGGCUCUGUGGGUGCAGAGCUGGAAAGGUUAAUGAGUUUUCAUUUUUAAAAAUAAAAAAGCAAGAAAUAAUUUCAUGGGUUUGUUAUUGAGUUCUCAGAGGGAGAAGGAAGUGGAGGGGAAUUUCCCAGUGAAAAAAUAGCUGGUGUGUUUUCCUGACAAGUUAUAUAAAAGGGAUUCAGGUUAGUCUAACCAAAUGCCUAAUCAAGUUUAAAUAUGAUAGAUCCUGCUGCCUUGCCUCCUAAAAGGAUUCAGAUUGUGUCUUGGUGAUGAAAAUUGUUUUGGGAAAAGCAUCUUUCUGUAGUGUCGCAUAUUGGCCAGCAGCUUAAAACAGCAGUGCAAACUAUGUAAAAAGACUUAGCAUGCAUGCUUAAUUUGCUUGUAUGAAUUAGUUUUGCAGAAUUUUGCAAUCUAUUUUUAAGGCUUUCUUAGUCAAUAAUUGGGGAAGGAUUAUUGUGGCUUAGAAAGCUGCAAGGCAACAGAUGUAUGGAACAUGGGAGGAACUGGGCUUGUGCUGAGUAAGAUCCUGCCACUGGAGCUCCUCCUGAGCAGCGCCUAGGGAACCUUCAAGUAGCAAAUGGUCAUCUCUGCCACAAAGAACCCUGCCUCCCAAAUUGAAAGUUGCCUGUCUUUUAAGGGAAAUAAGAUGUUUCCAAGAUUUGCUGUCACUACCAAAUUCUGUUUCUAGAAAAUGCAUGUUUUACACAUCAUCUGGAAUAAUGGAUGUGUUAAUGCAUAGCCAACCAAUCAUGCACUUUUUCCUUAAAAGCCCCAAACUUAUUUGUCUUUUAAUUGGUUUCUGGAUUUUAACUAUGUUUUUAACUACAUUUGCCAUUGUGCACUGUUUGCAGAGCUUUUUCACCCUGUAGUUUGUAAAUCUUUGUACUAUGUGUGUGCUAAUACAUAAAUCAUCCAUUCUAGAUUUUUCUAGCAUGUGACAUUGCACAUGUAUGUGUUUGCACGGCUGAUUGAGAAUGGUAUAACAAGCAGUGGCUUGGAUAAUUAUCCUUCACUUUUGUAAAAUAAUGCCCACAAAUAAUGACAAAGUGUUCUGUCCUGUGAGUGCACAGAAUAAUGCCGUAACGUGCAAUUUCUCAGGCACAAGGCAGGCCAAUAUUUGAUGAGCAGCCAGGUAACAACAGGACCUUUGGCUUUGUAGCGGACUAUGCAAGCAGUGCUGAAAGUGGUGUGAGGACUAGUAGUUUCCCCUUCUCAUGUUCACAUCAAAGUUGAAUAGCAGUAGGAACCUGUCUGCUCAGUAAUCCUUCCUCCUUUACUGUAAGAGCAGGAAGUGUUAAGUUGUGGGCGAACAUAUCAGAUGACACAGUGAUUCUUCAAACAGCUCUUGUUUAUUUCAGAGGCCAGAACAGAACUGAACUGAAAAGCUCAGUCAGCCUGCCUAUAUAGAGCUCCAGAACAGUGUAACUGUUGCAACUUUCUAAAACUAUCCAAUCACUGAACGUCACUUUCGAUCCUUCGUUUGCAUAACUAUAUACAGUAUCCCCCUGCUGGCCCAGGGUGAGAACUUCAGUACAUAACAGGAAGCACUGGAUAUUAUGUCCUGGUCAAAUUUAUUCCUAUUUUUAUAGGUAGUUGAAAGAAACAAUUCAACCAGACCUAAUGAUGAGCUGAGAAAAUGUGACUAUUAAGAGGGCAUAAGGGUUUCCCACACACACACACACUUGAACUGGAAGGAACAAAAUACUCAUUCAAAAUAUUUAUAUAUAUGAAAAACAAAGUGGCAUGCAUUUUUAAUAUUUUCAUAGGCAAAGUUGUUUUGUAAGAGAAUGUAGUAAGCAACGAUGUUUAAGUAAUCUGGCUGCAGAAAGCACAUGGCACUAUGUUUAAGCUACUGUUGAUAUAUCUUGUACAAUUCAGAUAUUUUGUGAGGGAGUUACAACACUGGAGUGGUUAAAAGGACCAGGAAAACUUCAGUUUUGGGAAAGGUAUAAUGGGAAAAAUAAAAUGUUAAUAGGUGCAAACUUGUGUUCAGUAUUGUAGAAUGUUGGAGAAGAGGUGGAAUGGCCUACAGAUAGAAGAUUGUAUACAUAUGAAUAUUUCCCGCUUCCUUUCCUGUCUUUGUUAAUGAUUAUGCAUUGUGAAUCUUCUUGGUACUUUAAGAUUACAACUGAUUUCUUUUAGGUCAACAGUGAGCCUGCAGAGGGUGCUUAUGGUUUGGGGAAUCAUUAAAAACACCAGGAUGAAAGCAUCAGAAUGGGGGCUAGUUGGUACUAGCUGCCAACAAUACAGUUGCAGCUGCCACAAGGAACAGGGUUGUUUAGGAUUUAUCAGCUGGCUGAUAUGUUGUCAUAGUAACCCAAAGCAAGGCUUUAAAUCUCCCUCAGUGCACAAAAGGGUAAGCCUCUUAGCAUCAUCUCUUUCUCACUCAUCUUCACACCAAACUUUCCUAGCGAUUGGAGACUGCUCAAUAAUGGUAAACUCAGGUGGCCAGUGCUGACAGGACUGUAGCCAAAAUGGGGCCACUGAGAAUCAAUUGCUUAGUACAAAAAAAGAAAGAAUAAAACCAUGUUGGGGCAAUCCACACCCAACCACCCCAAAAAACAGCCAAAACAGGACGGAGCAUGCUCAGUAGCAACAAAAUUGAAAACGAACAAUUGGAAAAGUAAAAGGAAUACUGGUGGGAUAGAGAGGCGAGUGAAAAAUCUUGCUUGGAGGGAAUGGCUGACUGAAACCCUAAACAGGAACAUUUCUUUUAUGGCAGAAGAUAGGCUUCAAAAUUUUGUCGUAUUUGUCCUGGUGUGGAAACAGGCAGGUUUGCAACUACUAUAGUUGCAGAUCACCAAGAAACACCCUUAGAAAUGAGAUGGUGUCACUUCCAGCACCUUUAUUUGUCUGCACACUUGCCGUUUUUCUUAGCCCUACAAGUGGCACACAUGGCAUUUUCAUCCAGAUUUUGGUUAGGGCAGUUUUUCUUCUAUCAAAAUACUGGAGACUAUAAACUUGCCCUGUAUUAAAUAACUAUAAUAGAUUCUUUACUUGCAUGAGGAAUGUGUGAAUGUAUGUGGCAUUAUAUAGGGGAGAAAUGUGUGGUCCCUACCUUCUCAGAAGCACAUGAAAUUAAGAAGAAAGCACAUUGUGCAGGAUAGGACAAUGGUCCUCAAACUGUGGUCUGCAGGCUUCAUUCAGCUGGUUCAUGGAAUGAUUGUAGACAAGGACAAAAGGGGGGGGCAGUCUCUCUCUACAACAUCCCUUAGCAUGCCAGCUUCAACAUGUUCAGCUAAACAUUCUUAGAAGCCUCCACACAACUGGGAAACCUGAUAACUCACAACUUCAAAUUUCAAGAGGGCAUUCGGCCAAACAUCUGAACUUUGUACUAAGUGUGUGACGUCUAGGAGUGGAGAGGGCAGGACCAGUGUGUUGUGGGGCGGGGUGGACAUUAAGGUAGUGGCACAUUCAUCCCAGGCCCCCAACACACUUUUUGCCCUUGCAUGUUCAGGCUACAUAUUCAAAGGGGAGGACUUUUGAUGAAGUGGAGCUUGUCGAGAGCAGGGCAACUAGGAUCCAAGAGGGAAGCUAGACUAGCAUUCACUCAGUCAAAAUGAUAUCAGGUAAAUGUAAAGUACCCUUUAAAAGGAACAAGUUUAAAUUUUCAAGAUUACGUAAUAUAAAAAUGUGUUGUUCGGCAAUCUGUUGUUAUGGCAAUACAUUUAGUAGGCCAACCAACAUAUUGCACAAUAGUGCACAAGCUUUCAAGUUCUCCAGAACUCUUGACUGGACUAGAUGGCUUAACAGUCUUCCAAGAAAUGACAAAAGGUUGCUGUACUUCUUUUUCAUUUUGGCUGAAGAGCAGUACAAAAUUAUUUAAGUCAAUAAAAUUAAGUUUCUCUUAAGCCAUGUCCAUGCUCUUCAUUAUCAACUUGUAAAUAUAAAAUAAAACAAUUAUCAGGUAUCGUUAUGAGGGGAUUGUAGCUUAGACACACUAGAAAACCUUGUAAAUGGUCCAAGCAUUCUAAUUUUGUUAUUUUUCUGUUGUGAACUGCCCUCAGCUCUUCAUAUGAAGAGUGGUAUACAAUUAUUAUUAUAAUUAUUAUUUAUUCAAGUGGUGGUGAGGGCUGUGGGGAAGUACAAAUCUCCCAAGCAUAGGCAUUAUUCUGGGCAUACCCAUAUCUCCAGCAUGGACCCUCCUCCAAGUAGCAGAAUGUGACGAACACUAUUUCAGGGAGCAAUCGUUUCUGUUAGAGCUCAGUCUGAAUCCCCUUGGCUUUCGUCUUAUUCAUAAAAUUCCUCAUAUACAUUCAGAGGUAUCUUGUUCUUCCUCUUCAAAGGAAGAGGCCCCAGAUUUCUCCCCCCGCCCCGGCGUUUUCAGGAAACUAUUUAAUUUUGAAAAGUACAGUUCUUGUGUUGCUUUCAUACUGUUAAACCUUUGUCUUAUAGUGUGGUCUGUUGACUAGAUACAAAUAAAUGAAUCUAAAUCUCAGCUACUCACUAUGUUGUUGGUAUUUUAUCCAGAGGCAGCUAUACAUGUAAUUUAGCAUGUGCCAAUUUGUGUGAUGGACAGUGCAAUGCUCCUGCUCUCAGGUGCCGGUAUUUCAAGAUAUAUUGCAGUGCCUUAUGCAGGGAAUAUAGUAGAUUCACUGUAUUCUUUUUGGAGCCUGCUAAAAACAUUCCUGUUUAGACAAGCCUACCCUGUUCCUUAGAAAUAAUUUUAUUAGAAGUAAUUUUGAUAUGUUUUAGUAUUUUAACUUGUGCAUGUUUUAAAGUAGGGCUGUAAUUCUUCUUGAUUUUACUGCUUUAUUGUUUGUAAACCACUUUGAGGGUUGUUGUGGUUGUUGUUUACAAUCAAGCAAUGUAUAACUUUUAUGAAAUCAUAAUAAUAAUAUCCAGGGACUGUCCAGUAAUACAGCCUUCUUUAGGCUAAUCCUCUGAACAUGAUAAAUGAAUAUGUCUGGCUGUCGAAUAUGACUAACUCCUGAAAUAAUACUUGGUUAAUAACUCUGUGUGUAAAAUUAUUGUGAGGGUACUUAAAGCUGCCAAAAUGUGCAUAGCAACCAACUGUGGAAGAAGGCAAUUGCUCCAUCAGCUUAUUUGUUUCAUUUCAUUUCAUUUCAUUUUAAUCCCACUUUUCUACCAAAAAAGGCUCCCAGAGUGACUUAUGAAUCUCAGUAAUAACCACAUAAAAAACACAUUACAUAAGGAAAAGUGUUGGGGAAGAAUGUGAUAAAAAUCAAACUGUGGCACUGUUUCUUAGCUACAGAAAAUAUAUUUGAUGCAUAUAUGACCACAAUCCAAAUUUUACAAUGUUAACCACUUCUGAAUUGUAUGGAAUUUUUUGACAAUUGACAAUCACAAUUAAAAUAGUGAUUAAUAGGCAACAGGUGCAUAUCUCUGUUGAAAGAUGGGACUUUUAUUUGCAGGAUAAAGCCAUAAAGAAGGCAUAGAGGAUAUGCUUUGGUAGCUAAAUUGGCCUGCUUUAUUUUUGACUUUGCAGAAGAUUAAAGGUAGACAAUCAUGAGUUACUAUGUAAAUAACAAUAGCAGGUUAAUCAUCACAUUCAACUCUGGUUCCCUAGACAACAUUUUAAAAACUGAGGCGGAAACCUAUGGUCCAGCUGGCCAACCUAAACAUUUUGUGGAUGAGUUGAUCUAGCUUAGGGUUUGCCAUAUCUGAAGAAAGCUAUGCACUAUCUUCUCCUCAAAAACAGAGAACCCGGGACAGGGCUGGUGUGUGGUGCUGUGCUCUCCUGAACACGCUUGCCAAAGACAAGGGUCAGCCUUUAAGAAACCAAUGUUUGGGGCUGCUUGUGCAUUGCUGCCAGCAUGUAGGCUUUGUAUGGAAGUGCCCUUCUUGUUGAAAAAUCUGAUUAAGAAUCUGUUUUGAAGUUUGUUUCCUCCUCUACCCCCCCCCCCCCGCCCUUUUCUUAUUUUUCAGGCUCUACUGAACACUCAGAACAAGUUGAGGACUUUGGUUCCCAAUUUUACUUUCAACCUGGGAUUUUCUGGGAAAUUCUACCACACUGGUAAGCUGCCUUUGUUCUUUUCACCUGUAUUGCAUAUUUCUUAGAGAGAUGCCAUCCACACAGUCAGCACUUGUGUAAAGUCUGAUCUGGAUCAGGAUCCUGGUAUCAGGUAAAAUAAGGUUUGUUAAGCCUCUGGGCCUCGUUGCAGUUUUUUGGUCCAGGAUAGAUAAAUAUCUGGCAGGGUUUUGGCUUACAGGGACAUGUAACCUCUACAAAGGUAGGGGCCUAUUUGAAUUCUUUGAUUUGGGGAACUACUGGAUCCAAGUGGUCUUCUGGCAGCUCUUGGGGGCUGUCAGUACAAUGGAGCGAAUGGGAGCUUUUUAUGCCAGGGGAGAUAGCAGGUGCAGAAGCAGGGGGCUCAUUUGGAUCAGCACCACAGUGUGGGGCAAAGGGUUAAUGCCCCCCAGCUACGCCACAGCAGGUCCCUGGUGUGGAUGGGAACCUGGCGCCUGCUGUUUCCUUUUAAAAGCCAUUCAUGCAAAUGAAAUGUUGUCUUCUCUGGUUUGGCCGUUUAGUGUCUAUGAUGACUGACAGUUGAGCACCCCUUCCUUCCUUCCCCCUUCUUUCUAGGUACUGAUGAGGAAGAUGAAGGGGACGACAUGCUGCUAAAGCAUAGGAAGGAGUUCUGGUGGUUCCCGCACAUGUGGAGUCACAUGCAGCCACAUCUCUUUCACAACGUCACUGUGCUAGCCGAGCAAAUGAAACUCAACAAGCAGUUUGCUUUGGUAAGGAGCAAAUUCAACAGGGGAUGUUCCAGUCCGUGAGAAGUUUGACCCCGCUGAUCCCAAAAUUGCCAUCUCAACAAUAUUCUGCCAAGUUUCCUUUCAUUUUAUCUUUUGUCUUGUUGCCUAGAGGCAAUGUUUUACUCUUCACAGGCAAUUGACUGUUUACAAACCUAGUAUAAAUGUGUUAUGUCAUAUACCCCAGACCCAAGUUCCGAUUUACUAACUCACUUAUUUACUUUUUGUUUUGAGAUUUCUGCCUUCCUUCCAUUCAGCAAACUGCUAGCAGUACAUGGAAUAGAGGGUUCUUACCAUUUGCGUUCUUCUUCCAGGAGCAUGGGAUCCCCACAGACCUAGGCUAUGCAGUAGCCCCCCACCACUCAGGAGUUUACCCUGUCCAUGCACAGCUCUACGAGGCAUGGAAAGCUGUCUGGGGCAUCCAGGUGACCAGCACAGAGGAAUAUCCGCACCUUCGGCCUGCCCGGUACCGGCGGGGCUUCAUCCAUAAUGGAAUCAUGGUGAGACAAUGAAGCCCCUAUUGAUUAUCUGGAGGAGAAACAUGGCCACUAGUUUAUUGAGUACUCAUCCCUGCAUUUUGAAUGCUAAUCUUCCCUGAAACUCUCAAACACAAAAGCAAAGGGAGCACAAGAAAGAGUCCCGCUGGAUUUUGCCAAGGUCCAUGCAGUCCAGAGCCCUGUUCUCACAGUGGCCAACGAUGCCUCUAGGAGGCUUGCAAGCAGAGCAUGAAUGCAACAGUACUCUCCACUUGUGAUCCCCAUCAGCUGGAAUCCUGAGGCAUAUUGCCUCCAACAAUGGAGACAAAACAUAGCCACUGUGGUUAGUAGCCACUGAUAGACUUGCCCUUCAUAAAUCAGUCAGUUCUUUGUAGCAAUCACUCAGACCAGUGUAGAAUUCCCAGUAUGUAGGAUUUGAGACAGAAGAACUUCCAAGUGGAGCCAUGUAACUGCUCCAACAGUUGUGUCACUAUUGGGCAGCUGAGCAGGAGAGGCUGGAUUGAUUCCCCCCUUUAACUUUACAUUAUAUAUUAAUAAAGAACUCAGUUCCCUUGAGCGCCAGUCCUCACGUAGCCAAAAGAGUUGACUCUUGUGCAUGGAUGGUGCUUUCAGCAUGCUUAGGAGAACCAUGAGGUUUGCGGAAAUGCAAGAAAAGUUUUAGGAAAAUUUCUUGUGGGGAAGGAAACCUCAGAACAGCCUCACGAGGUCUAAAUAUGCUGAGUAGCCACAGAACACCAAGUGGUGUGUUUUUUCUUUCUUUCUUUUUGGAGUGGGACUGAAAAUGGCAGUUAGGAAUGAUAGCAGAAUAGCAAAUAUGAUGUUGACACCAUCUAACCCCAAUAGAAUUGCCUUCUCCUUUGGCUGCAUGUUCCCACUGUUGGCUGCAUGUUAAAAUUCACAGGGAUAAUCCACGGCCAUCUCUAAUUUUUCCUCUCCCUCUGGCUCUCCCAGGUGUUGCCUCGACAGACUUGUGGUCUUUUCACUCACACCAUAUUUUAUAAUGAGUAUCCUGGUGGCUCCAAGGAGCUGGACAAAAGCAUUCGCGGUGGUGAACUCUUUCUGACAGUGCUCCUGAACCCAGUAAGUACUGCAGCAUUGGGGGGGGCAGUGUUUGUGAUUACCUGUGUGCUUUAUGUGGUGAAGGAUGGGAAAAAGUAGUUGGAAAUACAGUCUGCACUGAUUCUAAACACAGGCAGAAGUCCUGAGGCCUAAUUCUCACCGGGCUGUCUCCUCAGACAGACAGAUGUCAACAAUGAAUUUUAUUUUUUUUCUUAAGAGCACAGAAAAAGAAAACAGCUGAGGUGUGUGUAUUUGGCAAAAGUUGGGCAAAAAAGUGAAGGGAAGCAUUUGUGAGAAAAAUUUGCCAAACAGUUUUGCCACCCAGGAACCUACUGAAAAUGCUUCAGGGAGGACAUAAAUAUGACACCCCAGAGGACAGGAUCACACUUCAAAACGACCUUGACAGAUUAGAGAACUGGGCCAAAACAAACAAGAUGAAUUUUAACAGGGAGAAAUGUAAAGUAUUGCACUUGGGCAAAAAAAAUGAGAGGCACAAAUACAAGAUGGGUGACACCUGGCUUGAGAGCAGUACAUGUGAAAAGGAUCUAGGAGUCUUGGUUGACCACAAACUUGAAAUGAGCCAACAGUGUGAUGCGGCAGCUAAAAAGCCAAUGCAAUUCUGGGCUGCAUCAAUAGGAGUAUAGCAUCUAGAUCAAGGGAAGUAAUAGUGCCACUGUAUUCUGCUCUGGUCAGACCUCACCUGGAGUACUGUGUCCAGUUCUGGGCACCACAGUUCAAGAAGGACACUGACAAACUGGAACGUGUCCAGAGGAGGGCAACCAAAAUGGUCAAAGGCCUGGAAACGAUGCCUUAUGAGGAACGGCUAAGGGAGCUGGGCAUGUUUAGCCUGGAGAAGAGGAGGUUAAGGGGUGAUAUGAUAGCCAUGUUCAAGUAUAUAAAAGGAUGUCGCAUAGAGGAGGGAGAAAGGUUGUUUUCUGCUGCUCCAGAGAAGCGGACACGGAGCAAUGGAUGCAAACUACAAGAAAGAAGAUUCCACCUAAACAUUAGGAAGAACUUCCUGACAGUAAGAGCUGUUCGACAGUGGAAUUUGCUGCCAAGGAGUGUGGUGGAGUCUCCUUCUUUGGAGGUCUUUAAGCAGAGGCUUGACAACCAUAUGUCAGGAGUGCUCUGAUGGUGUUUCCUGCUUGGCAGGGGGUUGGACUCGAUGGCCCUUGUGGUCUCUUCCAACUCUAUGAUUCUAUGAUUCUAUGACAGAGGUUCUUCCUAGGGAUAAACCUUCUUCUCAGGGGCAGCCUACAUUCUUAGACUCAAAGCCUGGAGGGGAAACAGGGUUGCAAUCGCUUGUUUUGUCCCUGCCCUCCAAGUGUUCAGUCUUUAGAUCUGCCUGCGAGAAACUGGUCUGAACCUUCUGCUCUGUGUGCACAGGGAUUAAUGGUGGUGGCAGGGCGGGUGCAGCAGGUGCCUAGAAAUUAGAGAUGAGGCCAGCAAGCAUGAUUCCUCCAUGCCCCCCAUGCAGUGACUGAGUGGCAGACUUGGGUGUCUCAAAUUUCAGCAGCGCCCUGUGCAGCGCUAAAAUUUGGCACCCUCUGCCUGUCGCGCUCUGUUCUCCAUCAUGGUUGUGGUGCCCCCUGCAGCUCAGUGCUAGUCAUGCUACCCUAAAACCACCUCUGGUGCAUGAACUGGAUACUUCCCCAUGUCAACUGCAAUUGUAUCCGUUCAUUAGACUUAAUGAAUGCAUUAAUUAGACUUAAGCAUGUUGGUUAUCCCACACUUUCCCUCCUUUCGUAUUUCAGAUGUGGGCACCGCAUACAUAUAUGGGAAAGAUCUUUACUCUAAUGCACAGCUCUUUGGGUAUGCUGAAAUUAGCAUACUAGCAGUUUUCAGUGCUUUUAUCCCCCACUCAAAUGUCAGGGAAGUUCGUGGCUAUCAAAUUGGCAUGUCUUAGAAUAGUGGCAAAUAUUCCAAUAACGAUUAUUUCUAAGUUAAGCUUUGUAUUUGUUUAAAUAUAACACUCAAACCACAUUGUGGUUUUCAUAUUGAUUCUUUUCUAGAUGAAUGUUUCAUCUCAAAUACUUUACAGCAUGUAAAAUUAACACAGGGUACAUUUGGGGGGGGGUGAAAUAAACUUGCUCUAUCAGAUCCCAAUCAAUUUAGAAAACUUCCCAGAACAUUUUAAAGAAAACUUUCUGAUUCAAUUUUUCCAGAGUGCUGAGCACUCUGUGGCUUGGCAGGAUGUUUUAGAUGAGAUUCCUGCGUUGCAGUAGGUUAGACUAGAUGACUCUCACGGUCCCAUCCAACCACACAAUUUUAUGAUUCUAUAAUGUCAUCGCUGAAAGAGGAUUGCUGAUGUUCCCAGCUAACUACACUUGGCAAGAGGACAGAAUGUAUUACAGUCUCCAAUACCUCCUCCCAGCCUGAUGUUUCUGUAAAAACAAGUCAGUGAGCAAUUUACUUUACACCAAAUACCGAAAAGCAUGUCCUGUGUCCCCUCAACUCAUCCUACUCCCUAGUUGUUGGCCUUGGUUUGCUCUCUCCUUUCAUCAUCAAUCUGGUCCGUGAACCAAUUGCUUUGCUUGCCAAUUGACUUUAAACUCUCACUCCUUCCUCUUUAACUGAUAAAGAUGUCCCACCUAAAAUAAAGAGCGCCAAACAGCCUCUCCUCACUGAUCCAUAACAGAUGUUUGAAUCCCUGUGAGUAUAUGCAGAAGUGCAAGAGUUGGAGUGUGUGUGUGUGUGUGUGUGUGUGUGUGUGUGUGUGUUUAACUCUGCAGUAUAAACACAGGAUGUUUGAUCUCCUGACUAGCCAGCAAACCAUGAUGUCAGCAAAUGAAUGCAGCUUUCUGCUCCCAGAAAAGGCAGUCACUGCAUAUCUUUGCUUGCAUUUCCCUGAAGCUAUAGAGUUGCACACCUCCCACUUGACCCCUCCAGUUCCUUCUGCACCAGGCGUAUUGUAUUUUCAGCUCGCUGUUUUAAUUUCUGAUUGCUACCCUUUCACACUUGGGUUCUUUAACAUCUCCAGGGAAAAUAAUUGAGUUCAGUUAUAAGGAAUAGUCGUGGCUGCUUAGAUGAGGUGGGGGCAGAAUCUUGGGGAAUAAGAUCAGACUUGCCUGUUGGUAAUUAGUCUGAAUGGUUGUCAGGUGUCGUUGUCAGAUGAUAGGUAGACAACAGUUGCCACUCUAAGCCACUAGUUUGGGAAGGUAUGGAACGGGAGCACUGGUGGGACCGCAGUAGUUAGACAGUAUUUUAGACAGUCAAAACAAGCUUGGUUCAAACUCUAUAUAUUAAGAGAGAAAGAAUGAUUUGUUGUUAUUAUUUAAUUAAUUAAUAUACUGCUUAUAUGCCAGACACCAUUCAAAAGUAGUUAACAAGGCUAGUCUGGAUAGCGGCUGCAAUUCAGCUGAGUGGCUCAGAUUCCAAGGAGCCUAAGUUGUUUGCCAAAGCUUCUUCAUCCAAAAUUCCUGUCUCUGUGGAAUGGUGCAUGAUUAUGUAGCUAGGGUUAGAGACAAAAAGAGGGGAAUUUAACUUACACUGAAUUUAAAGUCCCUUAGCGAUGACAUGCACAAGAGAAGGGCACAGAGCCAGCAUAGUUCUUGUAGCUGGUGGCACAACAGAUACAAUACUACAUGUUGCACAACUGGUCGCCCAACAAACUUCUGCUAGCGCAAGUAUAGUGUUGAGAUUUCAUGUUGUGCAACCAUUAUUCUUGCCCUUACGCUAAUGCAACAGCCCUUGCUGGCGAUCAGAGAUCAUUGAAUCUGGGCCCAUAUUUUUCCCCCAUAUGGCACUAGGUGCUAAUGAGCUCAGCAGUUCGUGCAUGAAUAAAAAUACAGCAUUGCCAAGAGGCCCCAAGACCAGUGGUUGUGGAUUGGUCACCCUAGGGAGUCCUUUAAAACAGUUUCAGAUGUUGGAUUAUAGGUUCCGUCAUCCUUGACCAUUGAAGAUGCCGCCUGGGGCUCGUGUGAGUUGUAGUCAGUUCAAAGGCCACCAAGUUUCCCCAUUCCCUGGCCUAGAGUAAUCCAGAUCUUGAAAUCACGCAGGCUCACUUCUGAGAGGCAGCAGUGUUCAUGUGAAGACCAAUCUCCUGUCCCGAGCCCAGAGAUUUAGAAAAUCAACUCCUCUCCCAAACGUGUUGGUGAACGUGAUAAAGCAACAAACUUGGGAGAUCUCUCCCUCUAGGUGUAAGGCAUUUAGCCAGAGCUGCUAGAAUCCCUGAGGCCCCUCCAUGAGAAGCUGGUGCAUUCCCCCUCCAGCCUCAUAAUAUUUUAGUAAUCCUUUCUCUCCUGGAAGCUAAUUGUCAGUAAUUUAGCACUUGGAUGGGAAUGCUGCCUUUGCGAGUUGGGUGCUUUUCUUGUGAUGGUUUGCAUGGAGCCUCCAGGUCAGCCUCUCAAUGCACUGUGUGCUCUUGGGUGUCAAAAUCACCCCAGCCCUGAAAGGUCAGAGCUGGAAAGGAAGCAUCUGGCAGCAGACCAUGCCUCACAGUCACACCAGCCUCCUCCAAGUGCAGGAAGGCUUCUGCUGCUAGUUCCCAAAACUUGUUUGGAAUUCUGUAUUAAGAUGGUCACAUUUGACGGGGAAACUGGAGACGAGAGGGAAAGACGUAUUGGGGUUCUCCUUGUAAUGAUGAUGUACUUGAUCUGGUUAAUGCCAGACAAGGCCUGCCUGCCAGAAAACCAGUCUCUCUAUAAUCAAACUGAAUACAUGACCUUGUUAAUUCUCCUUCCUCUCCCCUAUCCAAUUUCCUCACUUGUUAAAUGUUCUUUUACCUAGGGGCCAGCUUUGCUGGGAAGCGUUACAGAUGAGGUAUCUGUUCUUUCCACACCAGACUUCUUAAUUAAAGAGUUAACAGGUGUUGUUAUCUGGUGACUGUCACUUAGGCACAGAUUGUUGCAGACACCUGGCUUCUUUAGCCAGGUGAGAGGUUGUGUGUUUAAAAGGAAGGUUCUUUUGUCUUCAUUUGACCGCAUAUCUGCUUAGGAGCCACAUUAGUUUGCAGAGACUGAGUCUGAUCAUGAGCACCUGGUAUCACUGAAGUCAUUUUUGGAAUCCAAUCUGGCUAAAAAUAAAAAAGAAUUAUGACUGACCAUACAAAACAGAUGUCUCAAGCCUCAAAAGAGCAACCCACCCCCUAAGUUUGGCAGCACCCAAGGACUUUGUGGGAGCCAAUGUCGGCUGCAGCAAAAUCCCUGCCUUUAUGGCAAUGUAAGAUUAAAGUCAUGUCCUCAGACAGGCUUCUUUGAGUUUAGACCCACCUGGUUUGUCCAUUGUGGGAGCUUGCUGAACCAUUAAUUGUCCCUGGGAAGUGAUACUGUGUUGCAUGUAAAAGGACAUUUGCAGGAUUCCUGAGGAAAGCAAGAAUCCAGAUUGCAUGCAAUCUUUAAAUGCGGACGUUUUGUAGCGCUGCCCAACUGAAUGCAACUCUUUGGAGACAGUGAUUUCAAAUGAAACUUUUUAAUCCAUCUGGAUAGAUUGCAUCAUUAUUGUAUUGUGGAUUUUAUUGUAGUUGGCCACCUGGGCAUUCAUUUAUUUAUUUUUAUAGAGAGGCAGGUUAUAAGUGAAUCAAAUGAAUAAUAAUAAUUGAAGAACCAAGCUACAGGUGAGUAUUCAGAAAACCUGCCCAAGGGACAUGAAUACAGUGGUGCCUCGCAAGACGAAAUUAAUUCGUUCCGCGAGUUUUUUCGUCUAGCGAAUUUUUCGUCUUGCGAAGCACGAAAUCCCAUAGGAAUGCACUGAAAUUCAAUUAAUGCGUUCCUAUGGUCAAAAGUCCAAACAAAGCCAAAUUUGGUACAACAAGAGUUUAUUAAGUGCUCUUUAAAGUCACACAUACUGUAAAGAGCAUUUCAAAAAUUGAAGGAACAAUAAAUUAAGUUUCUAAACAUGACAGAAAAACAUUUAAAAAUCAACAAAGUGUACAGUACAUUUUCUAAGACUCUGGGGGACCACUCGAAGAAGGUUCCUCUUCCAUUCUUUGCUUCUUGCUGAAGAACCUGUCCAUGGUCUGCUGCUUCAUCCGCCUUCUCCGCACCUCCCUGAAAGGCGACAUGACCCUCGUAUCAAAAGUGUUCGCAAGGUCAUGUGCCACGUGCUUGUCAGGGUGGUGCCGCUGUGCAAAAGCCUGCACAUCCUUCCACUUCAUGCAAAUGUCCCUCAGUUCUUUGGAGGACAGCCGUUCCUCAGUUGCUUCCUCCUCUUCCAGCGAGGCCUGCUCCUGCGCAGCCUCUGCCUGCAGUUCGACCAGCUCCUGGGUGGUCAGCUCGUGGUCGUGCUCCUCCACCAGCUCGCUGAUGUCCUCCUCUGUGACCUCCAGGCCCAUGGUCCUCCCCAAGGCAACAAUGUCCUGCACCACUGUUGACUCUGGUGCAUCAGAGUCACUUGGUGCCACACAGUCCGGCCACAGGCUGCGCCAAGCGCAAUUCAAAUUUCUCUGGCUGAUCCCUUUCCAGGCCGUGGUGAUCAUCUUCAAGCAGGUGACGAUGUCGAAGUGGUCCUUCCAGAAUUCCCGCAGGGUGAUGGUGGUGCAAUCAGUCACCUCGAAGCAUCACCUGAAAAGCUCCUUGGUGUAGAGUUUUUUGAAAUUGGCGAUGACCUGCUGAUCCAUCGGCUGGAGCAGUGGCGUGGUGUUAGGCGGCAGGAACAUGAUUCUGAUGAAGCUGAACUCCUCCAACAAGUCCAACUCAAGGCCUUUAGGAUGAGCAGGAGCAUUGUCCACACAGAAAUUCAAAUCCAGAUUUUUUUUUUUUUAAAAAAAAAACAUGGCCCAAUGGUCACAGAAAAUCAUAAAAAUUCAAAAAAAACCCACACAAGCUCCCAGAUUCUUGCAAACCCCUCCUCAACUGUUCCCCCAGCCACCCACCACACAGAAAUUCAAACCCAGAAUUUUUGUUUAAAAAAACAGCAGAGUGGCCCAAUGGUCACAAAAAAUCAUAAAAAUGCAGAAAAAACACACACAAGCUUCCAGAUUCUUGCAAACCCCUCCCCAACACAAAGUCCUUGAAUUCCAAACACCCCAACCCAAAAUCCAAAACCCCCCCAAAAAGUUUUAAAAGUUUAACUUACCAAAUGGCUGCAAAAGAAGUUUUGGAAAAGCUUCAAAAAUCAGCAAAGUCUUCAAAAACCUCAAAAAAGGCUACCACACCGCGUGCUAUGAGUUGCUCCUCGAAGUCAAGUCGCAACUGUAUUAACGGUGUUAAGAAAAAGGAAACAAACUUGCAAGACGUUUUCGUCUUGCGAAGCAAGCCCAUAGGGAAAUUCGUCUUGCGAAGCAGCUCAAAAAACGCAAAACCCUUUCGUCUAGCGAGUUUUUCGUCUUACGAGGCAUUCGUCUUGCGGGGCACCACUGUAGUGUCAACAUUGGAACUAUGGAUUUGGAGCAAUGGGUUGUUUUCAUUUUGCACACGAGAGCAACUGCUGAGAGUAUGAAUGUAAGAUGCUCAUUGGCCAAUGCUGCCCCUGCAGAACAAGAGUGGAAAGCAGAUAGAAUUUUCCAAUUGAGAUCAAUAUUUUGACACUAACAAAUGCCCCCAUUUCCUCCUUUGUUUGUAGAUCAGCAUCUUCAUGACCCACUUGUCCAAUUAUGGAAACGAUCGCCUUGGGCUCUACACUUUCGAAAGCCUCGUCAAAUUUGUGCAGUGCUGGACCAAUCUCCGUCUUCAGACUCUGCCGCCCAUCCAGCUGGCGAAAAAGUAUUUUGAAAUAUUUUCGCAGGAAAAGAACCCUCUGUGGCAGGUGCGAUUCCAGGACAAUUUCCCUUCAACCAGCCUGCAGCUGAAGUUUUUCUCGGAGCUUUAGUAUAAGUUUAAUAUAAAUAAAGGGCUUCUGAGCAGAGUGGAUGUGAAUUGGUUCCUACAGAAAAGUUUGUAUUUCUCCUGUUAAGACCUUAAGUGGGGAAUACGCAAGGUAUGAACUAGUGGUGGUUCUGGGAUCUAAAAUGCUGUAUGGUUUUUCUGAACAGAAUUGGAUACCUUUUGUCAGAAUUUUAGGCUCAGUUUUUUAAACUUCCAGGCCUCCCCAGUUAUGGAGAAAAUGCACUGCUAAAUAGUUCAACAGAUUGAAUAGAGUCCUCAUUGCAGUUGUGAUUUUAUUUUCCCUCUUUCCUCGGGCGUAUCUUUGUUGGCUUGCUGAUGCUCCCGCCCAGUUAACUCCUUCAGGAGACUGCCACAAUACCUUUGACCAACAAAUGACCAUCAUUUCAUCCAGAAUAGAGCACUGGUGCCAGCAUAUGCUCUACGACAUAUGCCAGCCAAGCUCUUAAUGUGCUGUAGACCAGAGUGAUUGUGCCUGGGGUAAACACAAAAGUGCUUCUAUCAGGCCUGAUGUAAUUAUUCCCCACAUUAUCUCAUGCGUGAUUUUUUAAUUGAUAUAGAACCCUUGUGAUGACAAGCGGCAUAAAGACAUCUGGUCCAAAGAGAAGACAUGUGACCGGCUUCCCAAGUUUCUCAUCGUCGGUCCUCAGAAAACUGGUAACAUAACCCACUGGACGUCAUGGUCUCUCCCCCCCCCCGUUAAUACGUAUGUGACGUGGCCUUUUUCUUUUUGUGUUGGAAUAUGAUGGGGGAACCUGUGGUCUUCCAGGUGUUCUUAGACUCCAAUUCCCAUGAGACCUGGGCAGCAUAGCCAAUAGUCAGGCAUGAUGGGAGUUGUAGUUUGACAGCAGUUCGAGAGACGGAGGUUCUCUGUCGCUGUUUUAAAACUUAGCGGGAAGCUGAUUUAGGUCUUCUGGGAAAUGUCAGGUGGUGGUGGGGAAGCAAUUCCAAGUUGUCAAUUGCCCAAAUUGUCAUCUUGAAUUUCUCGGGGUUGCCCGUUCCACCCAAUUAAUAUUAAAUUCCAGAACUGGCGAGCUGAGAUAAGAUGUAGAACAAGAAUGAGUACGCCUUUGAGUGUAGGAAGGGUAUAGUGGUGCCCUCUACAGGCUUGAUUGUGUCAGGUUUUAAAGGAUGUUCUUACUGACCUAUGCAACUGAGCUGCAUGAUAAUGUUUCAGUAUCAAACUUUAUUUUGGUCACAGACCAGCAUAAGAUAAAACAUAUGGAUGAAGUGAACUCAUAAGACUUAAAACUGGUAAGGGAUAAAAACUAGUAAUUAAAAUAUGAUUAUAUCAUACUUUUCCUGCCCACCUAGCAGUUCGAAAGCACAUCAAAGUGCAAGUAGAUAAAUAGGUACCGCUCCGGUGGGAAGGUAAACGACGUUUCCGUGCGCUGCUCUGGUUCGCCAGAAGCGGCUUAGUCAUGCUGGCCACAUGACCCGGAAGCUGUAUGCCGGCUCCCUCGGCCAAUAAAGCGAGAUGAGCGCCACAACCCCAGAGUCGGCCACGACUGGACCUAAUGGUCAGGGAUCACUUUACCUUUUAUAUCAUACUUUACUUAAAAAGAUAGAAACAAGGACAGACAGUUAAAAGCUACUAUAAGGGUGGGAGCAUGAAGGAGCACAGGUCUUGCAUUUUGGGCCUAGUUUGUGGCUUCAUACGCUUCAGAUCUUUCCACUUUAAUCAAUUAUAUUGCAAUUGGCUUCAGAAAGAAGCAAAGCUCGCUCCCUGCCUACUCAAAUGGGAAUUGCCAGAGUGGCUGAGGGUAGUGGUUAUAUUUGGGGCUUUCCUUACCAGGUUGAGCAAUAUGAGCAACAGCUUUAGCCCAGGGCAAACAAUUCUGUGUAUCAUGAAGAGCUGUUGGUAGCAGUCGUGCCAGUACCAGCUUAUGUUUCAGACCUUUUUGCUCCCAGACAAAUCCCUCACAAGUUUUGUUUCCACUGUGUUGUUUCAGGUACGACAGCUGUGCAUUUCUUCCUAUCCAUGCACCCAGCUGUUACCAGCAACUUUCCAAGCCCCUCCACCUAUGAAGAGAUCCAGUUCUUUAAUGGACUCAACUAUCACAAAGGAAUUGACUGGUAAGUGUGUUGACUCGUGUGCUCACUGAUUUGCCUUUACUCUGUCCCACAUACUUUCAGUGGGAUUUUGAUUCAGUCGGAUUAGGCAUUCUGACCCUCAUCAGAAACCUUUCAGUGGGAUUAAAAAUCAUGAUUUGUGCAGGUUUCAGUCAACUUGGUUGCCGUUGGCAUGGUUUGCUUUGCCUCCUAAUGUUGUGUAUGUUAACCUGCAUUAAUUUUUGAGUUCAGUCAACCUUUAAAUAGAGAUUUGAAGUAAAUGGUAUGGUAACAUUGGUGAACAGUGGCCUAUUUGGCUGGUCUUACAGCUGCCUUUGUUAAAUCAAACUGUAGUUGCCAUGGCCUUCAACACAAUGGGCAGUGCUUGUCUGGUCAUGAGGGAGACCCUGGCUUCAGCCUCAGUUUGAGUCUACCAUGAUGGUUCAGGACUUGAUUAUUCUGAUUGACAUAACAAAUACAUAAGAUUACUGCAUGAAGGAGGGCAGAGGGAAUUCAUCCUCUUAACUUGCUCCUGCCGCUGUGAUAUGUGCCCUAGGUGUGUCAUAUUGAGACUGAUGCCCAUGCAACACUACCAAUCACUGGGACUGGGGUUGAGAGUGCGAGUUGUGUUAGCAGAAUACUGUCCUUUUCUUCAUUCUCUUUCAUUCAUGUCUGAAACUAUCAUUUCCUUCGUGUUCCCCUGUGGCAGGGCAAAAUGCUAGGAGCUACUAGCCUCUCCCCUAUGUUCCCAUUGUGUCACGCCCAUCACCAUUAUUACGCAUGCCUUGUUCUCAUGCUCUCCCGGUUUUCUUCACAUGACAGGUACAUGGAGUUCUUUCCCAUCCCCUCCAAUGCCAGCACAGAUUUCAUGUUUGAGAAAAGUGCCAAUUACUUUGACACCGAAGUAGUACCCAGGCGGAGUGCCGCUCUCCUUCCGCGAGCCAAAAUAAUUGCCAUCCUGAUCAACCCAGCUGACAGAGCAUACUCCUGGUAUCAGGUAAUUCCUUAAGAACUCCUCCUGGCAUCACAGCAGGAGUAUGUGCAGGACCCAGCUGGGGCCAGCGGGAUGUGAUGGUGCAUGUAGUAUAUAGAUAUGCUGCCUCGUACACUAGAAAGAUCAGUGCGCUGCUAAUUCACUCCUCUCUCUCCCUCCCCCCCUCCCCCCGUUACCUGCUUGUAGCACCAGCGUGCUCACAACGACCCUGUGGCACUCAACUACACUUUCUACCAGAUCAUUUCUGCUGGGCCCCAAGCCCCUCAGGAGUUGCACAACCUGCAGAACCGCUGUCUGAAUCCUGGAUUGUAUUCCACUCAUCUGGAGAGGUGGUUGAUGUAUUAUCCUUCUGGACAGGUACAGCAGCCUUUGGGUGUAUUUAUAAUCACAUUGUGCAAUGCAGGUGGUAUUUUGAAGGGGAACUUUUAUAUGCUUUUGAUAAACCUUUAUAUGUUUGCUUUUGUUCACUCUUAAUGAGUACCUUAUUAGCAGUCACCUGCACAAUAGAUAAACCAGGAUCUUGUAGCUGUGUUGGUCUCACAAAAAUGAGACUACAGGAUUUUUAUAAAAAGCAUAUUUGAGUCAACUCAGUUGGAAAGAAACUAAAACAAUCUACUGUGCCUUUUGGCUUUCUAUGUUAGCCACCAAGGAUGCUCCAGGUGCUUGCCUGAAUUUAUAUGGGCUAAAAGUCUGUAGUGAAGCGGGAACAUAUACACAAAGUCUGCAUGCAAUAUUCCCCAGUACACUGGCUCCCCUCAGGUAUUUGUGUAUCGAUUGUGAAGGUUUAAAGGUGGGUGUUAAGUAAGUUCCACUGAACAUGCUUCGAAGACUCCACAGCACUGGGGACCCUGCCUUUAGUAUUUCUGACCCCAUGGAGGCUUCUAAAGCAAUUUCAGCGGAAAGUGUGUAAAGGCCUCCUUUUGACCUUUGCAUUCAAUGCAUGAAGGUCGAGUAGGGCUUGCACAUUCACCUCUAUCAGCUACACACUUUUAACCCUCAUGACUUCAGGCAAAUGCCUGAAAAUGCAAGAUCUAUAUGUUGAUUGCUGCAAUCGUAGUAAAUGUAUGUUAAAGAAAUUCCACUCACUUAUGCCACCCCUUCCAGGAAUAGAAAAUGAGCAGGAGAAUUGUCUGCUAAUUGUAUGUGACUACGGUAACUGAGAUAGGGGUGGGGAGCCUUAACAUGAUUAGAUUUAUUCUGAAACCUUCAUUGUUUCUCCUUCAAUUCAGGUUCUGGUUGUGGAUGGGCAGGAACUCAGACAAAGCCCCGCAUCUGUCAUGGAGAACAUCCAAAGGUUUCUGGGGGUUACACCACUGUUCAACUAUACCCAAGCACUCAAGUAAGGAUUGCAUGCCUGCCUUUGCUUGUGUAAAUACAUUGUAAAUGUUUUGAGGCCCCAUACUUCUUCAGCAGCUUCCUUCUCUAUGAUCUGGACUGCUGGCAGUGUUUCCAUUUCCAUUUACUGCUGCUGUAUUUUUGCUUUACGAGUUGUACGUUCUUGUAUGCCACCUUGAAGACCACUGUGCGUGUUCACCCAGAGCAUGAUGGCAGCUUCACCAAGCAGUAUAUUGCAGGUAAAACCAACGCUGCUCCUGAGCCUCUCUCUGCUACCAGCGGGACUCAAGAGCAGCGGCAGUUUUCACCCACCCAUGAUUUACUGCUAUCGCGCUCUGCCCCUGAUGCCGCAGAGGGAGGAGCAAGCUGCAUCAACAGGCCAAUACAGCUUGUUCCUCCCUCAGCUUCUUUAAACUGCUCCGCUGAGGCAUGGGCGGCCAUUUAGAGUUUAAAGAAAGCCUCUGGCUUGAGCAAGCCCCAAUGUGUUGCUCACAAGCCAGAGAGGCUUUGGGGUGGGUGGUGGGAACAAACUGCGUCAUUCGAGGUACCAGGGUGAAACCGCCUCAGUGAGAGCGGUGGCAGUUUUACCCUGGCUGGGCCUAAUGCAGCUUGUUCCGUCCUCCAUUUCAACAUUGUGGCAUAGCGACAGAUAACAAUGUUUGGCUGGUGAUACGUUGCAGUGUUGAAAACCUGGCAUUGCCCAGCCUUAGUGUAGUCCCUGGGAUUCUACCCUUCUGACACCAGAGACAGAGACCUAAUGCCAGGGCUUCCCUCGCCAACUCCUCCAAUAUCAGUAGGGCCAAAAAGGGUUUGUCCCAGGAAGCAUCUUGGAUUUGAAACCUCUAAAGUCCUCAAUAGGCUCCCAAACCAGAGAGGUAUUUAGUCACUUUCCUGAGCAUGAGUAAAUCUUUCCCUCCCAAUGUUUUCCAUGUUAAAAACUUUUAAAGCUGAAAGAAAGGACGCAGAAUAAAAAUGUUCCUUUGCCCUUGCCUGCCUGCUGCUGGCUCAAGUCUAGUAGGGCUCUGGAUAAGGCAUUUGUAUUCUCUGCCACCAUACACAGCCUUAGAUUGCACUGUAAAUACCCACCAAAGCCCUAAAGCUUAAAGCUCUGAACCAUAGCUAUUGACCUGUCCCUGCCACCAGAGUUGGAUUUGGCUGGAUGUCGGUGAUAAAUCAGACCCCCUAUGAAGCUCAAGACAACAGUUUAACUUAACCUCUUGCCACAGUUCACAUAUGAUUAUUAUUAGGAUUCCGCAAUUACAAACCUGCACCAUAUACGAAUGCAAAUCAUGCUACUUUUUGUAAGCCGGUUACUCUUAAGCCAUGGAUAGAAAUGCAUUUGCGAACUAGUUCUGAGGGAAUCUGGUUUGCAUUAGUGCAUUUGUAACAAAACCAUGGUGAAUACCAGGGAAGAGGAACGUUGUACCAGUGUGGUACACGUAUCAAGUGUGGCUACCAAUUUGGAACCUAUGAUUUUGUAAGGAGCCAGCAUUAGGUCUGCACCAGAUCACCAAACUAUUCUGGCAAAUUUUGAAACACGAGUGCUCAUGCACUUGUGAAAUAUUAGCAAGGCAUUGCAACAAAUAAAAAUUAAUCUUUGUUUUACUUCUUUGUGGAAACGGCUUUCUGCCCCUUUCCUCUAGAAAGCAAGUAAAAUAUUGGAAAGCCAUUAGCCUAGCCCUUCAGAUUUCUCCAACUCAGAGCCCAUGUGUGCAGUUAUAUAAAGCAGGCAUCCUUUUUCAGGUUUGAUGAAGCAAAAGGAUUUUGGUGUCAAGUUCUGGAAGGAGGGAAGACCAAGUGCCUGGGGAAAAGUAAAGGAAGAAAAUAUCCAGACAUGGAUUCCUCAGUGAGUAGACCAGUGGGAUUCAACUCAGUAAUGUAAUUGGGAGGGAUGGUUGUGAGCGGUCCUUCAUUAACUCUGCUCCCUUUGGAACUGUUGCAGUCCCGCAUGUUCCUGGCAGACUUCUAUCGCGAGCACAACAUUGAACUAUCCAAGUUGAUGAACAAGUUUGGACAGCCCCUUCCUACAUGGCUCCGAGAGGAGCUGCAAAAUUCUAGCUGGAGCUGA